UCUACGAAACAAAGUAAAAGAGAAAUGGCAUCCUCUGUCCGAAGUCAGUUCCAGCAGUCCAUCUCUCUCCCCGCCCUCCGCUCCUAUCUCGCCGAGUUCAUCUCCACCUUUUUCUUCGUCUUCGCCGCCGUUGGCUCCGCCAUCUCUGCCCGGAUGCUAACUCCGGACGUGACAUCGGAGGCGUCGUCUCUAGUGGCGACGGCGGUGGCGCAAGGCUUCGCGCUCUUCGCAGCGAUGUACAUUGCCGCGGACGCCUCCGGCGGCCACGUCAACCCCGCCGUCACAUUCGGCCUCGCCGUCGCCGGCCACGUCAGCGUCCCAACGGCCAUCUUCUACUGGAUCUUUCAGUUGGUGGGCUCCACCCUCGCCUGCCUCGUCCUCCGUCUCGCCUCCGCCGGCCAGGCGGUACCGACGACCGGGAUAGCAACGCAGAUGACGGGGUUCGGAGGGGCAACACUGGAAGCCGUGACGACGUUCGCGCUGGUGUACACGGUCUACGUGGCGUCCGACCAGAGGGGGACAGGAAUGAGAGGUGGCUCGGCCGGGUCGGCGGUGGGGCCCCUGGCUGUUGGGAUGGUGGCAGGCGCGUGCGUCCUGGCCACCGGCUCGCUCACGGGCGGGUCCAUGAACCCGGCCCGGUCCUUCGGACCGGCCGUCAUCAGCGGGGACCUUAAGAACCAAGGGGUGUACUGGGUGGGCCCUCUGAUCGGUGCGGCCCUGGCUGCGCUAGUCCACCAGAAUCUCGUGUACCCGUCUCUCCCCUCUGCUUCUGACUCCCGGCAUGGUGAAGCCGAGGUUGUUUGAGAGGGUAGUUUUUGUUUUCUUGUAGUUAGAUUGACAUGUAACUGCAACUUCCGACUAAGUUUCUUUGGUUUAAUUCAAAUGAACAUUGCUUCAGUUUUGAUACCAAUGUCAGUUUCAAGCA